UCCAAACUGUGUCGCCCUUAAAUCCCCACCGUCGACACGCCUCUCAUAAUCUCGACAAGCGCUCGUCCCAUCCCUUCUUCGUUUCUUUUCCCUAGCCCCAUAAUCCGAACGGACUAUUCCAACUUGCACAAAUCGACGGUACCUCCCAAGUCAAAGGCCUAUCUCAACCUCCGGCUAUGGCUCAGCGUCCAGUGUACGAGAUUGGGACAACGGGGAGCAGCAUUCACAACACCGAUGUUGAAUUGAACGUCUUCGUUAGCGACAUACACUUCCGUAUUGACCUGUUCACCGCCAAUUUCGAAGGCAACCCAAGGUUGCUAAAGGAGUAUUUGCUUCAUGUAGAACACUCGGAUCCGGAGUACAUUCUGCCUCUGCCAGAAAAUCCUAACGACAUUGAGUUUGUCGAUCCUCUUGAAGAAUUCUACGAAUGGGCGACGAAACCGUUUCUACCGCUGUUCCGCGAAAUACUUCCGUUGGAUUGCAAACGACUGUACACGCUCCAGGACUGCCUGUUUCCCAAACAAGUUAGGUACACCCUACAGUUGGCUGGGGAUGAGCUAGUUCCAGUUCCGCUCGACGCCACUGCAGACCGCGCUCCUGUUGGUGUUCUACUCCCUCCCGCCAAAAAGCUCGACGGCUCCAUAUUCCCCGUUUACCGUCCAAGUGAUAUCCACAUUCGGCUGAGCGAUGACGCGGUGGCCCUGCCAACACGGCCUGGCAAAGUGUGCAUUAAGGGACAGGAUGUUUGCUUCUUUAAGAAGUUACAGCCAAGUGACAUUUCCAUGACCCAUCGAGAACUAUCUACAUACGCCAAGAUCCAUGCCGCCGAACUUAAAGAAGACGUGCGUACCUCUCGACUCCUCGGCGUGGUUGAAGACGAGGGAACAUCGAGAAUAGCCGGUUUUCUAUUAUUAUACAUCGAUUGCGAAAACAAGACACUGCUCUGCCCUGGAUGGGGUCCGAAUCAGACCUCGCUACGCGAAAAAUGGGUUCAGCAAAUAACACAUUCGAUUCACGAGCUUCACGCGCACCAGAUCGUUUGGGGAGACGCGAAACCGAAUAACGUUCUUGUUGACGUGCUUGACGAUGCUUAUUUAGUUGAUUUUGGAGGUGGGUAUACGAACGGUUGGGUGGAUAAGAAAUUGGUGAACACCGUAGAGGGCGACUUGCAGGGGCUUGAGCGAAUAGCGAAAUACCUCUCUGAAGCUCCUGCAUAAUGUUCAUGCAAGUGGAACAACGCAGUCCAUGGUACAUUAUUGCGCCUAGCGCUGAAGAAAGAGGAUCGAGCAGGGUUUCGAUAUAUGUACGUUACUCCUUUUUGGAAUAGCUAUGCAGCG